AAGGAGUGCUCUGAAGGGACGUCUGGAUCGUAGCUAGUGGACAGAGACCACUGCUCUUCCCACUGAAUACUUGUUUCCUUUGGCUUCAGCCACCCAGAUAUCCUUCAUUACCCGCUCCUUGUCCUUUGUAUCUGCAAUCGCUAUUUCCCCUUCUCUGACUAUGUCAGAAACUUUCCAAAUCCCACUAUCCAUGGGAACCUUCAGUCCUCUGCAGCUAUCACCUUCCAUCGUGAGCAAGGCUACUCCCCUAACAGCAAGUGCUUGCAACUCCUCCCAAGUGUUGUCUCCAGCCCUCAGUUCAGCACAGCUGCUGCCCUCAGCUUCUGGCACCUACUUCCAGCCAGUCAUGGCCAGCUCCUACGUUCACCAACACUUUAGUGAAAGUAGGUUUUCAGGGGCUACUGGCCAGAGCCAGAUGUCCUCUUCAGUUGUGUCCUGUCCAGGUAUUUGGCAGUGGGAUGGCAGGGCAGGCUCUGGAAGCACACAUCCACCAUUUGAGACCUUUACGAUGACUGUCAGUGACCAGAGCAUGACAGUUGUUUCCUCAUCUAUACCUGUCCAUGCCAAUUCCAUCUUUCCCGUUUAUCCAUCCAUGUCUGCCAGCCUGGUUCAGGCAACACCAUCACCGUGCAUUCCGAACCAAGGCCAUGGCCAGUACUACAAUCAGAGUGCAGUGGGGCCUCUGCUAGCUGCAGAUUUUGGAGGACUGCAACCGUAUGAGUGUGUGUCACACACAGGCAGUGAGACCGCUGCCUCUCAGCCAGAGAUAGCAAUGGUGCUGAAGGAGAUUCAGCACAUAAAUGUCCUACCAUCAACUUCUCCUGACAUCUACUAUUCUGGAUCUGUUCAAGCCAACGCAGAAACGAGUUUCCAAGUGAAGGGAACUUCCCCAGAGAUAGAGACAUACCUGGGAUGUCAAGCCCUGAGCCAGGCAGGGUUUGUGUCACAACUUCCAGAAACCAUGGAUUCCUGCAGUAGUAUCAGAAGCACCCAGUUGCUAGAGGGAAGCCCCCCAACUGAGCUUGGGGGCAUUUCCAUAGGAACUCCAGUGCAGAAUUCCACUCAUUCCUUGGCCUUGGAGCCAAGCUGGGAGCAACUAGACAAAGAGAACUGGAAUGAGAUGAGUAGCAAGGGCGCAGAGCCUCUUGAUGCUCACAAGAUCUUAAUAAGCACCCAAGAUCCGCCUUUACUCUCCUUAGCACUCCCUGACACACCCAAGCUGCUGGCUUCUGUUGAGCAUCCAAUCCCUGCGAAGCCUGGUUCUCAAGAAGCCCUGCUGGGAAAGUGCCACCUCGGUCUCCAGGACCAAGGAACCCCUGACAAGGGGACUGAGUCCAGCCCAGGGUGGGCAGAUGUUGCAGCCCUGGUAAAGGACAUUCAACUUCCCCAGGUGCUCCAUUCCUUGGACGAUCUUGAUCAGUCCUACCAGCCCACACACAUAGAAGCCCAAGGCGCAGGUACGCUUGAUGAAAAUCCUGUGCAGGAGAACUCAGCCAUCACCAAGGGUCUUUCACCUAGGGAGAGAAAGAACAAACAUAAAGCUUCUGAGCCAAUCACUGGAGCUCCUGAGGCUAAAAUCCAGCUGAAGGCCCCUGAGAGCCUAUCAGAGGGAGAAGGGUGCAUUUUUAAUGCAGCAGCCAGUGACAGGGCUCCCACGGACGUGGCUGAGAAGUCGUACAGCAAAUUUCCCGUAAUGGUAUCCAGCAGAACCAACCAAGAUAAGGGCCGUGGGCAAGUGAGAGCCAAGAGAACCAAAGAAAACAAUGACAAGAAAGCUCUUAAGAGGAAGCAGUCAGGCACUAAGGACAAGGCAGAAGAGAUGCCAACAAUUCCUGACAUGAGGCGCAAGAGACACCAGCCCAUGCUUGGCCGAGAGGUAUUUAAAAUGCCUCGCACCUGCCUAGGCAUGCACAUGCUGGAAUCUGUGCAGGUGUUCCACCCAUUAGGGAAGAAGUUGGAAAAGAAAGCUGGGAGUGUUUCCUCCCAGGCCCUGAGAACAUCGAGUGUCACCAAAAAUCUCAAGACAUCUUCAACCAGCAAACCUUUGCUGGGGGCCCACGGAGAGGGGAAAAACCCUGAUAGUACUCGGGAUAACUUUCAGAACCCGCAGGGCACAGUUGAAACAGGGCCUUCAUCUGCAUCCCUGUGUGAGCUGCCACCACCUGGCCAGGUGAAGUUAAUACCUUUGCCUUUUCUCAGCCCAGAAAAGCCUCAAGCCCGACCCAGUUGCCGAAGGCCACGACCACCCGUCUCACAGCAGCCCGCUGUAGCUCACCAAGCUGGACCUGCUGGUGACAGAGUUCAGCCACCCCUAAUAGCUGCUGGCAACACUUCUCUGGUGCGUCCUAUCAAACCAGCCCAUCUGGUCCCUAAAAAUGCCAGCCAACCACUCUUGACCUCUGAGGUCCAGCCUGGAGUUCCUCCUCGGUCUGCAGUGUGUAAGCCUGCAUCCUGGGCAACAUCACCUUGCCCCGCUCUCAGAAGAGUGCCUGUUGCCACUGCUGUGACUAAGCAGUGCAGUUCCCCACCUCAGCCACACAACCCAUAUCUCCUCGAAGACUUCAGCCGCCAACCAAUUCCCUGGAGGGAGCCCAAUGUGCCCGAGCCAGUCAUGUCGAACCCGAUCACAGAGGAGCAGAGACCGGAGCGGGAAGCCAUGAAGAGGCAGGCUCAGCUAGAGCGGGAGCUGGCUGCCAAAUACACCUCCUUAGGGAAGCUGCAGUUUUUCAGGCAGAGGGAGAAAGACAGGGAAAUUGCUCAAUACUACGGAUACAUAAGAUGAGAGGCAGCAGCACUGUCCAGUCACUUUAGUGCCAAGUGGUUAUCCACAGAGAUACGGAAAGCUAAGUAGAGAUUUGCUGAUUUCGAUGUCUUGCUGAAGAUUGACAUAACCGCUUCCUGGUUAUUUUCAGUAGAAUAUAACUCCUCGCCAGGGGAGCUCAGUAGAACCAAUAGAUAAGAAAUAAAGCCCACUUUUGAGUUUUGAGAUGGGAACAAAUAGAUAGGAAAUAAA